AUGCCUCCCAAAGCAGGCACCAGACGAACUGCCGCAAAACCAGAAGACACAGACUCUACACAAAAUGCACCAGCUCAAAGCGCCGCUUCAGGUGCCCCUGGUCGACCCUCUGUACAAAGACUACAGUCACUGAAGAAACGCGCCCCAGCAGGCGGUAGCAUUACACCAGCAACACGCUCACCCUCAGUAUUGAGCGGCGAUUCUGCACCGAAACCACUGAAAUUUCGACCAAAAGCCGUCCAGCGAAGGAGCAAAGAGGAGCGUGAAGCUAUGGAGAAAAUUGAACAAGAACGACUUAAUGAUCGGCUGAGAGAUGCGGCUGCUAUCCAGCGUGGCCGUGGAAACCGCGGGGGCAGAGGCUCCUUCCGCGGGCGUGGUGGUGCUAGUGGUGGUCUUGGGGGUGCAUUCAGAGGUCGGGGUGGUGGUCCAGCACGUGGCCGUGCACGAUAUGGAAUUACUGGAGCGUCUCGGGAUCGGGAAGAUGAUUCCUCAGAUGAUGACUUGCGGAUGAGCAUUGAUCAGAUCAACAUCGAGAGUGAUGAGGAUGACGACUUCCAAGAAGAUGGGAAGGGCAAGAUGCCGGCUCGAGGACGCCGCGAGAAGGGACUGCGCCCUGUUCGCGUUACGCGCCAUGAGCACGAGGAUAGGGUGGUUGCCGUCAAUAUGGAGUCAAGUUCCAGCAAGGCGGCAGAAAUCCGACGGCAGGCACAGCAGGAGGCUGCUGAGGUUGUGGAUGAUAAGCCAUCGCCUCCAGAGGUUGUUGGUGACGAAGCCCCUGUGAAGGACGAACCGACAGAUGACGGCGAUACACCUAUGGCGGAUUUGCCUCCUGCUGAGGAUGAUGGAUUGUUGCCCACACAGAAGUAUCGUGUGCGCCGGAAGACAUCAGACCCCAAAUCAGCGGACCGCAAGCCGGAGAAGGCCAAGGAAGUUGCUCCGCCUAAACCUAAACGAGAUCCGCGCGAGCUUCUACGUACCAAGGAGGAGAUUGAUGAAUACGACCGCCACCUGGAUGACCUGGAGCAUGUUCGAGAGCUCCUGACUCACCAGGAACCAGAGCCAGAACCGGAACCAGCAGAGCCGCAGACCGUGCCCGAGACUACCCCGACCGAAGACGCAGCAACAGACGAUCCACAGUCACCAAUCGAAAAAUUAGCCAAUCAACACCUUCUCGGACACCUCUUCCUUAUGCAAUUCCCGCCUAUGACACCCAACCUCUCUAUUCCUGGCUCAACGGAACCGACUGCCGAAGACACGAACCCACCCGAGCCCCAGGCACAGCCCCAAGUGAAAUCCGAGACCGAAGGCGACGAUGUCCAGAUCACGGGCGAAAAUGGUGUGGACACAAAUGGAAAAUCUAAACUUAUCACCGCCGCUACGAAUUGGUCCCUACCGGCCGGCCGGGUAGGCAAAUUAAAUGUGCACAAAUCCGGGCGUGUGACAAUGGACUGGGGUGGCAUCAGUUUCGAGCUUGAUCGUGCUGCAGCGGUUGAUUUCGUGCAGGAGGCGUUGAUUGUCUCUUCUCCUGAGGCAGAUGAAUCUGGACAACCACCAAAGGAUGAACGACAACAGGCUUGGUCUAUGGGUCAACUUUCGGGCAAGUUUACGGUGAUGCCAAAUUGGGAUGCGAUGCUGUGA